UCGGGAAAACAUCAAAUGGAGGAUGACGCCGGUGCAGCGGGAGGGCCCGGAGGACCCGGGGGCCCGGGAUUAGGCGGCUGCUGCAGCGGCCUCAGAGGCCGCGGGGCUCGUGGAGGUAAAGCCGAAGACAAGGAGUGGAUCCCGGUCACCAAGCUGGGCCGCCUGGUUAAGGACAUGAAGAUCAAGUCCCUGGAGGAGAUCUACCUGUUCUCCCUGCCCAUUAAGGAAUCCGAGAUUAUUGAUUUUUUUCUGGGCGCAUCUCUAAAGGAUGAAGUUCUAAAAAUCAUGCCAGUACAGAAGCAGACUCGGGCUGGCCAGCGGACCAGGUUCAAGGCUUUUGUCGCUAUUGGGGACUACAACGGUCAUGUUGGUCUUGGUGUGAAGUGCUCCAAGGAGGUAGCCACAGCCACCUGGGGGGCCAUCAUCUUGGCCAAGCUUUCCAUUGUCCCUGUGCGGAGAGGCUACUGGGGGAACAAGAUUGGCAAGCCCCACACUGUCCCAUGCAAAGUGACGCGCCGCUGUGGCUCUGUGUUGGUGUGUCUCAUCCCUGCCCCCAGAGGCACUGGCAUCGUCUCGGCUCCUGUACCCAAGAAGCUACUGAUGAUGGCCGGUAUUGAUGACUGCUACACGUCAGCCAGGGGCUGCACUGCCACCCUGGGCAACUUUGCCAAGGCCACCUUUGAUGCCAUCUCCAAGACCUACAGCUACCUGACCCCCGACCUCUGGAAAGAGACUGUGUUCACCAAGUCUCCUUAUCAGGAAUUCACGGACCAUCUUGUGAAAGCCCACACCAGAGUCUCUGUUCAGAGGACCCAGGCUCCAGCUGUGGCUACCACAUAA